CCAUUCUCUGCCACAAUAUUCUUCAAACUCAACCACUUGUUUUUGCCAAUCACUUCAGAAAACUCACUAAUCUUUUCUCUAAAUCAUCACUUAUCAAGUUCUUGUAGAAGAGAAACACAUUUUCGGGUUUAAUUUUGUUAGUAAAACAAUGAAGAUGAUGGGAAGCAAUAGCAUGGGAAGAUCAAAGAGAAGGGUAUCAAGUAAGCUUGGAGGAGUUCUUAAAGAGCAAAAAGCAAGGCUUUACAUAAUUAGGAGGUGUGUGGUGAUGCUUCUUUGUUACCAAGAUUGAUUUGUUAAUUCACUACAUCUUCCUUAGAUUUGUUCUUAAAAGAAUGUGUAAAUAGAGACAUAUAUGUGUAAGGAACUUCACAAUUUUGUAAUCCUACAUAUUAGCCUUUACAUGGCUUCAUUGUAUAUUAUUAGCCUUGUGUUUUUUAA